UCCCUGGAUUCAGCUGGCGAACACACGCUGCACUUUUAAAUCCACUUUCCAGACUAGAAACUGCUAUAAAGACGACCCACUUUUGUUAGGUGUGCAGGCUGGUGAAGACUCGUCAGACUUCUUCUUUUAAAAAAACAAAAUGGCCCUGCCUGUAAACCCCAUGGAUGAGCCCAGGAUGUACCAGCAGACUCUGCUCCAGGACGGCCUCUACGACUUGUUGGAGAACGACAAGCUGGUUGACUGUGUGUUAAAGAUCAAAGACAAGGAGUUCCCCUGCCAUCGUCUGGUGCUGUGUGCCUGCAGCUCGUACUUCCGCACCAUCUUUCUGUCGGACCUGGAAGAGAGCAAAAAGAGAGAAAUUGUGCUGGAGGACGUGGAGCCCGGCGUCAUGGGCCUGAUCCUGAAGUAUCUGUACACCUCCAUCAUCAAUGUGACAGAGCAGAACGUCCAGGACAUCUUUGCUGUUGCUAACAUGUUCCAGAUUCCUUCCAUUUUCACAGUUUGUGUGUCUUUUCUGCAAAAACGCCUGAGCCUAAGCAACUGUCUGGCCGUCUUCAGGCUCGGCUUGAUGCUGGACUGUCCCAGGUUGGCCGUCUCCGCCCGAAACUACGCCUGCGAGCGCUUCCAGCUGAUCUCCAGAGACGAGGACUUCCUCCAGCUGCACCCCAGUGAGUUGGCAGCCAUUUUAACAAACGACAAACUGAACGUGGAGUCAGAGGAGGCCGUAUUUGAGGCCUUGAUGAACUGGGUGACCCGGGACACUGAGAACAGAUUGAAAGAGCUCCCAGACUUGCUUGACUGUGUUCGUUUGCUUCUCGUCACUGACGAUUAUCUGAAAGAGAACGUGGAGAAACACAAACUGAUCUCGUCCAGUCCAGAGCUGCAGGAGAAACUCCAGCUGGUUAGGGAUGCUCGUGCUGGCAAAAUGCCAGAGAUUAAAAAAGAAAAAGACAAGAAGGAGACCAGUGGAGCAGACAAAGAUGGAGACAACGAGGAGGAGGAGGAGGGUCUUUUACCGGCUAUUCUCAAUGACAACCUGCGAUUUGGGAUGUUUGUCAGGAACUUGAUGCUGAUGGUGAACGAUGCAGGCGCUGUGGCCUACGACCCAUCGGGGAACGACUGCUUUGUGGCAACACUCUCCACACAGGUCCCCAAGAACCACUCCAGCCUGGUGACUAGGGAGAACCAGAUCUUUGUGGUGGGAGGAUUAUUUGUUGAUGAAGAGAACAAGGAGAAUCCACUGUGCUCCUACUUCCUGCAGUAUGACCCAGUUAGUGCUGACUGGCUCGGGAUGCCUCCGCUCCCGUCUCCCCGGUACCUGUUUGGACUGGCCGAAGCUGAGAACUCCAUCUUUGUGCUGGGAGGGAAGGAGAUGAAGGAUCAGGAGCGAACACUGGAUUCGGUUUUGAUCUACGACAGACAAUCCUUUAAGUGGGGGGAGUCUGAGUCAGUACCUUACGCAGUCUAUGGGCAUGCAACAGUUUCACACAAUGACGUGGUGUAUGUGAUUGGCGGGAAGGGAGACAGCAAGAGCUGUCUGAAGAAGAUGUGUGCUUACGAUGCUAAGAGGUUUGAAUGGAAGGAGCUGGCUCCCAUGAAGACUGCACGCUCCCUGUUUGGAGCCACCGUUCUUGAUGACAAAAUCUAUGUUGCAGCAGGAGUGACGGACGACGGCCUGACAGACUCUGUGGAGGUGUACAACAUUGCAACAAACAAAUGGUCAGACUUUGAGCCGUUUCCUCAGGAGCGCAGCUCUCUGAAUCUUGUAGCUUUGGCUGGUUCCCUCUACGCUGUGGGAGGAUUCGCCAUGAUGCCUUUGGAGGACAGCGACGAGAGCCUUCCCAAGGAGAUGAACGACAUUUGGAGGUACAUCGAGACGGAGAAGAAGUGGAAAGGGGUCCUCAGAGAGAUCCAGUAUGCAUCUGGAGCCACGGUUUUGGGGGUCCGACUGAACACCCUGCACCUCACUAAGAUGUGA